AUGGGCACGCUUUUCUAACCGUUCUAUUUCACCGCGUUCGUUGCUUCCCGCCCUUUCCUUUCCCUGGCAAAGCCCCACGGAAAAUCUGGCCGUAAGCAUGUCUCACUCGCUUCCACCCUUGGCCUUUGUUCUCGCUUUGCAGUCCCUUGAGGUUGCGGGCGUCGCUGUAUACCUGCGAGAACCAGUAUUUAUGUUCCCUCGCGAUAACGGGGAUCAUGGCGAUAACGGGGAUCAGGGUGAUAAUGGUGAUGACAAUAGUUCAUCUACCACUUCGACCUCCACCAGUACGACCUCCACUCCACUAGUACAACCUCUUCUUCCACCAGUACAACUUCCUCCUCCUCCAGUACAACCUCCUCCUCCACCUCCACAUCUACAUCUACAUCUCAGUCUAGCUCGAGCUCGAGCUCCACAGCUACUACAUCGGGCACGCUAACCAGCUUCAGCUCGAGUUAUACCAGUUCACCCAGUUCAUCCCAGAACAAUGGGUCUUCAACCACCAGUCAAGGGCUUAGCACUGGAGCACGAACUG